AAGAAUUAGCAUAUCUCGAAAAAUUUCAGCAAAAAUCAAUAAUCGAAAAGUUAAAAAACAUUUUUGACGGCAAAUUUCAGUCCCUCAAUUAUGAAGCAGGUCUCAAAAUACUCGAAAAAGCUAAAAACAAUUUUAAACAGAAUAAUAUUUUCUGGGGUAUGGAUUUCCAAGCCGAACACGAAAAAUAUUUGUGUCAGUAUUUUGACAACCAACCACUUUUUAUCCUCAACUAUCCCCAAGAAUUAAAGCCUUUUUAUAUGAAAAACAACCCGGAUGGAAAAACUGUGGCUUGUUUCGACUUAAUUUUUCCCGAAAUUGGGGAACUAAUUGGUGGGAGCACACGGGAAAACAAUUACCAAAUCUUAGUUGAUAAGGCUUAUCAAAAGAGUUUAGAUGUGGAUAAUUUAAGUUGA